AUGUUUGCAGGUGAUAUCAUUGCGCUGACUGGUAAACUAGUCAACGAUCCAAAAGUGGCCAACCCUGUGAUCUGCAAUCAAGGAAACAGGAAACUGAUGGAAAAUGAGAACAUCAAUAAGGCAGAUAAAGAUGUCUUGAAUCACCUGGCCCAAUGUCUCCAUUUUUCAUCGGGCAGCAACAACAUUGUGAUAAAAUUCCAACUGCUACAUUGUGAAGUCCAAGAAACCCAGAGAAGAAACGCUUGCCUCUAUCGAAAAGUCCAAAAGUCUGCGUUCGGAAUGCAAAUUCUGUGA